UUGGCAACACUGGCGCAGCGCCCUAUUGACAUUGCAAAACCUAGAGCUGGCCACGCAUUGGAUGAGCCCAGCAGCUGAUGCUGCGCUAGAGACGGCGAAAGAGAGAGACAGAGAGCGAGAGAUUUUGAUCUGCGUGCGCGCUCACUUGGGCAACAGACGAAGUAGGCGAAGACUUAACCAUUUAACCGUAUUAAACCCUUUUCUUCGAGUGUAGCUGCGGCGUGUUUGUGGUAAGUUUUGGGAUAUAUAAACGCGGGCGCAUCUGCUGCUGGCCAUCAUUCAGCGUCUGGUCUUUUGGUCAAAAGCGUCGAAAAGCUAAAAUCCAACAAGCUUUACAAGCGUAGCAACAACAACAACAACAACAACAAUGAAAUUCUUCGUUUUGGCUGUGUGCGCCAUUGCCGCGGUGUCGGCCGAUGUCUCGCACCUGAAUCUGGGCGGCAACAAUGGCUACUCGUACGAUAGGCCAAGUCAGUCGUUUGACAUUGACAUCCGUUCGUCAGCGGGCGCUUCCUACUCGGCGCCAGCUCCGGGUCCAUCGUACUCGGCGCCAGCUCCGGGUCCAUCAUACUCGGCACCAGCUCCGGGUCCAUCGUACUCGGCGCCCGCACCUGCACCUGAGUAUCUGCCACCUGUGCAAAAUUUUCCCGCUCCUGCACCCGCUCCAGUCUACUCGGCACCAGCUCCGGCUCCAGUCUUCUCGGCUCCUGCUCCCGAAUACAGUGCUCCAGCUCCAGUUCAGCCUGCACCCGAGUAUUUGCCCCCUGCUCCUGCUUACUCUGCUCCUGCUCCAGCACCAGUCUUCUCGGCUCCGGCACCCGAAUACAGCGCUCCUGCUCCAGUUCAGCCUGCUCCCGAGUAUCUGCCACCUGUGCAGGACAUUCCCGCUCCAGCGCCCGCUCCAGUCUACUCGGCUCCCGCUCCAGCUCCAGUCUACUCGGCACCCGCUCCAGGUCCUGUCUACUCAGCUCCCGCUCCCGAAUACAGCGCUCCAGCUCCCGCACCUGAGUACCUGCCCCCUGUGCACGACAUUCCCGCUCCAGCACCCGCGCCCGUUUACUCCGCACCCGCUCCCAGCUAUUCAGCCCCUGCACCCGCACCGGUCUACUCCGCCCCAGCACCAGCUCCAGUCUACUCCGCCCCAGGCGGCGAGUCCAAUGGCUACGAGUACAAUGUGCCAGCCAAACGCUUCCGUUUCUAAGUGCAUUCACCAUGCAGCAUCGCCUCAUCUAAGGAGCGCCGUUUGUUAAAUUAACAAGUGGCCUCCGUCUCCCUGUUGUUGAUCAUUUGUUGUUAUUAUUAUGCAAAGUUUCUGUUG